CCCCGCCCCUUCUUGAGUUCGGUUGAGGACGUGAAGGCGAAUCUUUUCUCCCUCCAACUCAAAGCGGAUAUAGCUUUUGCCGAGUAUCUGAUUGGUACCGCUCUUCAAGGUGUUCGUCCAGCAAGCCUCUCCUCUUCCCCUGUACACACUUUCUGUUCUCCCUCCCCUCUUUGUCGGACUCGCCGUUGUGCAGCAUUGAAAGGCUUUUACCGUGUCAUUAAAUCAUGGAUAAGACGGAGCUUAUUCAGCAAGCCAAGCUGGGAGAGCAGGCGGAGCGCUAUGAUGACAUGGCCGCGUCUAUGAAGCAGGUGACGGAGCAGGGAGCAGAGCUCACCAACGAGGAGAGAAACCUGCUCUCUGUCGCCUACAAGAACGUGGUCGGGGCACGGAGGUCGGCAUGGAGGGUCAUCUCGAGUAUUGAACAGAAGACAGACGGCAACGACAAAAAGCUUCAGAUGGUGAAGGAAUACAGAGGGAAAGUGGAGGGUGAAUUACGCGACAUUUGCAACGAGGUGCUGGGACUGCUGGACAAAUAUUUGAUUGAGAACUCUACAAACGCAGAGAGCAAAGUCUUCUAUUUAAAGAUGAAGGGUGACUACUACAGAUAUCUUGCAGAGGUUGCCUCAGGAGAUGUCUGGAAGGAAACGAUAGCCAACUCUCAAAGUGCCUAUCAAGAUGCGUUAGACAUCAGUAAGAAGGAGAUGCAGCCCACACACCCCAUCCGUCUGGGACUGGCUCUCAACUUUUCCGUCUUCUACUACGAGAUCCUUAACACUCCUGAGCAGGCUUGUUCUCUGGCCAAAAAUGCCUUUGAUGAAGCCAUUGCAGAGCUGGAUACACUGAAUGAAGACUCAUACAAAGACAGCACACUUAUCAUGCAGCUGCUUCGAGAUAACCUCACAUUAUGGACCUCUGAAAACACUGCAGAUGAGGGUGAAGGUGGAGAUGGAGGCGAAAACUAAUCCUACAUGUUCUCUUCACAUAUUAAAGAAAAACAAUCCUGGAAAACGACAACUUUUUACACUUCUUCAUUCCUUAUUGUGUCACUCAUGAUUAUUCUAGCCAUGUAAGCCCAUGAUCAUACCAAUGAGCUGUGAAUGUGGAAAUUCCAAUCAGUCGGUUAUUUUUCCACCACCUGGAUUGUGGUCGCAAUGAAAGUGAAUAUUAAGUUCCUUGGUUAUGUGUGGUUUGUCCUUUGGCCUUUAUGUGCAGUGUCUGCUGUAGAAAAGUAUUAGCCUUACUUAAAAUCAAUUGUCCUUUGAUUGUGACAAAGCGACUAGCGUGUUAUUCCGAUAAGUAUAAGCAUUGGAAGUGUCGGUCACAAAAUGCAAAGCAUUUCGCCUCGAGCAUGGCUAGUUCUUUGCUUGCUAUAUCACCUGCCAUCUCUCUAGGGGGAUCAACAUACACCUGACAGAGAUAAAUGUCUUGUGUAAUUGUCAUAGUUUUGGCUUGAAUGGCAGGAAAGCUGUUAUCUGAUGCACCAAGUCAACAUGCAUUGCUCAGCCAAGUGUGCACUUUUCAUAGACUAGAAUCAUGUCUUUAGGUCACAAUACCAUCCUGCCUGGUUGUGGUUUUCACUUUGAAGAGUUACCUUGCAAAGGCUCAAAGACAAAACAUUUAAAUACCAUGCAUGCCCAUAUUUUAAUAUACACUGGAAUAUGAACUAAUAUUGUAUACGUUUGGUAAAGUACUUUUCAUUGCAGGUUUGUGCACAUGUUGAGAGGAUAUUUGAUUUGUCAAGUGAUGUCAGUAGUUAUCUGGACCACUGUUAUGUUUUUGCAAAUCAUUGACUGUAGUCACCUCACACUAACCCCCCCCCCAAAGCCUUGUGAAAAUGUGUAAACCUUACAUACCAGCUAUGUAACCUGAAUUAAAAUGAUC